AUGGAGCGGGGGACUACAGCUCCCGGCGUGCCCGGAGAGGCCGCCGAGACCUGUAAGAGCGAAGCCGAGCGAUACCGCCACCAGGACGCUGAGGAGGAGGAGGAUGUUCCUGCGGCCCUGGGGCCAGUUCGGCUUGCAGCAGCAUUCCUGGGCCCCAAAGACCUCUUCCCCUAUGAAGAAUGCAAGGAGAAGUUUGGGAAGCCCAACAAACGGAAAGGGUUCAGCGAAGGUUUGUGGGAGAUUGAGAACAACCCCACCGUCAAAGCCUCCGGCUACCAGCCCACCCAAAAGAAGACCUGCCCCGAGGACGCCGAGCCGGAGCGGGAACCGGAGGGCGACGGAGAGAAGAAGGGCAACGCGGAGGGCAGCAGCGACGAGGAGGGGAAGCUGGUGAUCGACGAGCAGUCCAAGGAGAAGAACGAGAAAGCCGGGAUCAAGAGGAAAGCGGAAGAUGCUUUGGAGGACUCCCCCAAACGCACCAAGGAGGCGGAGGGGCAGGAAGGGGAGAAGAAAGUAGACAACGAAGAGGCCCCCAAGGAGGAGCCGAAACCCAACCCGGUUGAAGGGGAGAAGGAGAAGAACAGUGACGCCGCCGGCGUGCCGGACGCCAACGAAGCCAAGCAGGAGAGCAAGGAGAAGGCGGGCGCGGAGGAGGUCAGAGACCACAAGGAGAGCGCCGGGACGGCAUCGUCCCCGAGCAGUGGAUCGGGCUCAGCGCCGUCCCCUCGGCUGCACGCAGACGGCCCGAAGGACACGACGGUGGAGGACGCGCUGGACAAGACGUACCUGCCGUCCCUGAAGACCUUUGAGGAGGAGAUCAUGGACGCCAUGGGGAUCGUGGAGACGCGCAGGGCCAAGAAAUCUUACUGGUAUUAA